AUGGUUAGAACACGAGGUCUACGUCAUGUGGUAGGCACAGGUAGAGGCAAAGGCCUUAGUCAGGAUGUGGCUGAGGAUGUUCCUUGGCGUCGUAGGCCCACUGCCUCAGCACGUAGGCAACGGGUUACCCAGAGAGUCGAGGAUGUUCCUCAGUUGGCUGAGGAUGUGCCUCAUGCGUCUGAUGGUAGCCCAGAGAGGACAGCAGCUGCCGAUGAUGCCGAGAUAGAUCGAUUGGCUAGUGAUGGGACAGCUGAUGAUGAUGAGGGGUUCCCCGGUGGGCCACGUGAUCCAUCUAUUUUGAUAGGAUUUGUUGAUCAUGUGGCACACAACAUAUGGAGUGGACAGGAGCGACUUGAUCUCAAGUUGGUCUCCCAUGGUAGGAAAGUAGAUAAAUUUGGGAGACCGACUGCUGAGAUCGAAGGUAUGAUUGCGGCCACCGGAUUGGAUCCAUUGAUCAGGUGUUCUGUGAUCACCACUGAUCUUGGACUCGUAUCCGCCUUUGUUGAGAGGUGGCUUAGGGAGACGAGCAGCUUCCACCUCCCAGUAGGGGAGGUGACGAUCACUCUAGACGACGUUUCGUCGCUGCUGCACAUUCCGAUUACUGGCGCGCUGCAUUCAUUCGAGCCGCUGGCUACAUCUGACGCAGUCACCCUGUUGACAGAGCUACUUGAGGUCACCCCAGAUGAGGCUAUAGCUGAGACAUGUCAGGCAGGUGGCCCUCAUGCAUUCGGAGACCUAGGCCAGGCAGGGGCAUUCUCUUGGGGAGCAGCCGAUUUGGUCCACUUGUACGAUCAGCUUAACGAGGCGUCGCAUGCCCCUACACGGCAGAUGGCUGGUUACAUUUCACUACUUCAGUGCUGGAUUUACGAGCACUUUCCAUCAGUCCAAAGGUCUGUUGUUGACGAUGGUUAUGCUGAGGCUAGCCCACGUGCCUGUAGGUGGCUUACGGGUAAGGCCCAGAUGACCGGGAUUAAGGGAGCCCCUUACAGAGCACGUAUUGAUGCCCUGACAGUGACCGACGUCUGUUGGAUGCCAUAUGCUGAGAAUCGAGGAGUUCGGGGCUAUGACUUGAUCUCCUCGUACACGGGGCAAGUCAGAUGGGGUCCGAUCAUCGUCUACCUUCGACCAGAGAGGGUGGUUUGA